AUGUCUGCUCCUUCAUUAUCAAUCAAUCGUCAACCAAGUCCUCUACCAUCCCAACACGAAACAAGUAAAACUCCACCUGGUACUCGGACAAGCUCUGUCACCAACUUGUCAUUAAACAGCGACCAACUCUUAGAUCAUUCUCACUUAAAACCUGGCAGUAACGCUUCUUUAUUAUCUUAUGCUCAAACUAUCAACAUGUAUAGAGAAAAUGCUAAAAAGACAAAUAGCCCUGACAUACAAUGUGAUUUUGCUAUUUUUAUGGUCGAAGCAGCUAAACCUAUACCAGAGGAUGAUAGUACCCGUGCAGAAUACUUGGCAGAGGCAGAAAAGCUUCUAAAGCAACUGGCUGCCCGUGGUCAUGCAGAAUCUCAGUAUUAUUUGGGUAAUCUAUAUGCUUCUGGUCUGUUGAGUAAAAAGGGUAAACAUGAAUUCGAUAAGGCAUUCCCCCUAUUCGUUCAAGCAACCAAACACCAUCAUGCUGAUGCUGCCUACAGAGCUGCUAAAUGUUAUGAGGAUGGUUUAGGUUGUCGAAAGGACUAUGCAAAGGCUGUUCAAUUUUACAAAAAGGCUGCUACACUGAAUCAUCCUGGAGCUAUGUAUCGAUUGGGUGUGGCUGAUGUGAAUGGGGAACUAGGACUAUCAAAAAACCCAAGAGACGGCGUUAAGUGGCUCAAGAGAUCUGCUGAAGCAGUUACAGCCGAAUAUCCUCAUGCUAUUCAUGAACUCGCUCUAUUACAUGAGCGUGGUAUACCAAACGUUGUCUUUGUUGAUGUUCAGUACGCAGUAUCACUCUAUGUUCAGGCAGCCGAACUUGGAUACGCACCUUCCGCUUUCCGACUAGGUGAAUGUUAUGAAUAUGGAAAAUUAGAGUGUAAUCCAGAUCCAGCUUUAUCUAUUCACUAUUAUACAAUUGCUGCUCAACAUGGCCAUCGAGAGGCUUGCUUUGCUUUAACAGCUUGGUAUUUAGUUGGCUCACCAGGUGUCUUGCCUCAGUCAGAUGAAGAUGCUUAUUUAUGGGCUAGACGUGCUGCAGAAAAGGAACUACCAAAGGCUGAAUAUGCUGUUGGUUAUUUUACAGAAGUAGGUAUCGGUGUCCCAAAGAAUCCUGCUGAGGCCAUGGAGUGGUAUAAGAAGGCAGCUCAGCACGGUGAUAAGAGAGCUAUUCAGCGCUUGCAAGGAAAGAAUAUAGAAACAAACACCAAAAAGAAGAAUGGCUCACAAGAAGAUUGCACCAUUAUGUAA